AUGAAUGGAGAACGUCAAAAUGAAAGCGCCAGUGCAAGGGAAGAGGAAACUAGGACGAAGGUGAAGGACAUAUUUUUCGUCGACCUUCUUUCAGACUCCUGGCCAGAGCUGUCGUCCCAGGAACCAUAUGACGUCAUAAUCACGUCUCGGUGUUUGGAAGUCACGGCGCCGACGAUCGACGUGUACCACUCCAUUGUAGAGAGACUGGUUGCCUUGUUGCAACCAAAUGGCUGUUUGGUCAUCGUCGGCGUCUUGGGGGAAUCGUUCUACAAAGUCGGAGACAAAAAUUUCUAUUGCCUCCCUUUGACUGAAUCCGACGCGAAGGAGAUUUGUACCCGUUGUAAUUUGGAUCUGUUACAUUGGGAAUCUAUCAAACUCGAGAUGGCCAAUCCGACAACACAAUCAGAUUUCGAAGGAAACUUUACGAUGGUCGGAAAAAAAGUUAAAAGACAAUAG